AGAUCUGAGCAGUGCACGCUGGGAAAAUAUUCCAUGAUUGGCAUGAGAUUCGAACCAUUAGGAAGUGGUUCACCAACAAGGUGUUUCGGUCGAUUUCUCAUCCUUUUCCUGGCGAUACGACCUGUGCCAUCAUAAAGCCAAAGACUAGAAGAUGUGUAUUACAUAGGUAAAUGUUUGCUAGAGCGACGCACGACGAAAUGGCGGGCCCAACGGCUGUGGAGGUGAUCCAACAUCCCUCCCUGUUUUUGCGAUGGAUGCAGAGUGCUUCGGGAAAACUGCUCAUCAAAUUUAAGUACACGGCACUUCGCGGCUUCAUCUUACUCCUGCUCCUGCUGCUUGUCUUCUGGAUCUCCGUGUUCCUGUACGGAAGCUUCUACUAUGCCUACAUGCCGACCGUGUCACAUGUCCGGCCUGUGUACUUACAAUUCAGUACCGACUGUGACAGUGUCAACUCACAGCAGGCACGACUCUGCGCCUUCCCAUCAGCCAACGUUUCCUUCACCAGAGACCCAAGGAGAGAUCCUAGAGAAAAGCUCCUUGCCAUGGGCCAGGUGUAUGAGAUCAGUUUGGACCUGGAGAUGCCAGAAUCACCGGUUAAUCAGAACCAAGCUCGUUCUGCAGGCAUGUUCCUUAUUGAGCUCACCUUCUACACUGUGAAUGGGGAGAUUUCAUACAAAACUGCAAGACCAACCAUGUUGCGGUACAAGUCUCCGCUGCUCCAGGUGCUGCACACGCUGGUGUACUCCCCCCUGCUGGUGUUUGGUGCUGCUGAACAGAAGCAGGUGCUGAGUGUGGUGCUGGCUGAAGAGUUCCAGGAACCUGCUCACAAGGCGACGGUUGGAGUUGUAGUGGAGAUCCAGACCAGGAACAUAGAGGUGUACUCAGCUGUACUCAGGGUUAACGCUUACUUCAAGGGAAUCAGGUACCUCAUGUUCUACUGGCCGGUACUGUCUGCUGUAAUUGGUGUAGGCACAGUCUUCAGUUUCCUCCUUGUCCUGGUGCUCCUGUCCUGGUACCGCUUCUUCUGGGCUCCCGAGGAGGAGUUUGUGGUCACUGUCAACAUGGAGCAAACACCAAUCAGCAUGGAGGAGCGCAGGAGGAAUGCUCGCAAGGCUUUAAACAGGGAAAGACUGGCUUUAGGGCAUCAUGUGACAGUCCAGGCCAGUAUCCAGGGCAUGUCUACCACCACACAAACUACCCCUACUCUUGCCAGAAUAGAUCCACUCCCAUUUGAAGAUGAGGAGGAUGCAGAGAUGAAAGACAUCUUAGGGGACACAGAGGAUGAAGAUGAGGCAGAUGAAAAGGCACCUCAUGUUGAUGACAUUGACCCUGGUGAUGUCCAGGACCAGGACAUGGAAGUGCGCCACAGAGCAGCCCACAAGGAAACAACAUAGCAAGCUCACAACUUAUAUUAUACUUUAGUGACAGCACUUUGUGUAAACAGUAGGGGUAACCAAAAUUAUAUAACACAGUGGCUGGUAAAUGUAAGAUGAUGUCAUGAAAUCUAAAUGUAUUUCUUUUGACAUGUAUCCUUUGUGCAUGUACUGAUAAUUUAUUGCAAAAAUUUAUAUUUUACCAUGAAAAUCAUUCUGCUAUACAUUUGAACAAUCAUGUAUCAUAUGAUUUGUAAGUUGUAUUAAUUCUAAGUUGGCUUGCAUUGUACAUUUGUAUGUGACAGACACUGGUGUAUGAAUUUCUUUUGCUGCUGCUGCUAUAUCGAGUUCUGUGUCAUACAUGUAUCUUAUACAGUGCAUGGACUGCAAGUUAGGCUAGAAAUAGAGUUGCACUUAAAAAAUGAUAUAUGUGCUGACACGAGUACAAAAACAUUGUUUCCUUUAUUUUGAGAAGGAAAGAUACAUGUUGCUGAAUAUUGACAACUACAGACCAAUUAUUUAUAAUAGAUAACGUAAUAGUAUAAAAUGCAACAUUUUGGAAAAUGUAACAAGCAGCCUAACUUAUUUUUCUAGAAUUUGAUUUGAAGUAUUUUGUUGGGAGAUUUUGGUUGUACAAGUGUGCAGUGGAUGGGGCUUACUGUUGCAGUGUCAGCUGGCUACAGUAGGAGUAAUGUAAAAGCGUGUAACACUUCUACAGGUAUUUAUUGCAUUACAUAAAGGACAUUGGACCUGAAGUACUAUAUACAGACCACUGAUUUAACAUAUUGUGACUUAUGUACAGUAAUAACAACACUGACAAGGUUGCUACAUGAAAACAACUAAAUAAAAUUAAGCUUGAAAACAA